CAGCGUAGAAGCCUGCCCCACAGUAACAGCAUGUGCAGCACUGGAGACCUGUGAGCUGUAGAUAGGCGGCGCUGUAGAGCAGAGUGGUUACCGGUGCAGCGACUACUGCACGUAGGUAGCGCAAUAUAGAAAGCGGCAUUGUGUGAACAUGGGCUGUAACCUGCGGCUGGAGAUCAGGAGGAGCAUGCAGAGCGCCAUUCUUAUUUUGAGUGGCCUGGAAGGCAAAAGAUUUCCAAUUGACAUUUCGGUGUGCCAGUCGUCCUUACAAAUCCAGUCUCCUGAUAACAGCGAGGAGUACCUUUUACCCAAGGAGGUCAAGCUGGUUCCCUCCACAUGCAGAUACGUAGAGCACGUCUCUGGGGAAGGACUGCAUAUGCGGCUAAAGGCCCAGGCUGUGGGCUCUGCAGAAUUUGCCCCAACUGUCAAAGAACUCCUGAAAACGGAAGAGAAAGUCACAUUUUACUGCCAGUCCUGCGGAGCUGUGGUUCUCCAGCAACAGCAAUUUCUCCGAGUACUUCCUCUGCCCAGUGAAAACUGGAGUUCUCUGGUUGAAGAAUGGUGCUGCCACCCUGACCCGUUUGCCAAUCGAAGCUGCCUGCCCAAGGUUAACGACUGCUUUCUGGGAGACACGUUCCUUUUGGUGAAUAAGGCAAAUAUUUCAAACCCCUCUGGAGAGACUAAUGAGAUGUCAUCUGUUCCUCAUCCCGUUGAUGCAAACAUCUCAAAAUCAAAGGAAAAUACCAAAGUCGUUUGCAAGCGGUGCAAAGCAAUACUCGGAGAGAUGGUGUCAUCAGAUGCUGUCAAGUAUUACAUUACUGAAGUGAUGAUUCAGCCAUUUUCUCAACCAUACAACAUGAUUUCAAGGAAGCAGUUUGUGGAAAGCGUAAUUGUCCGACUUCUCAUGGAGUUAUCGGCCUCCAGAAGCACCUUCAGGUUCUGUAUUCAAGGACAAGAUGGCAAGCUCUUCCUACUGCUUUGGCUGUUGAACGUUGACACGGUGUUAGUGGAACUAAUAAAAUCUGGACGUGUCGAUUCCUGCUUUUUCUCUGGAAGUCCAUCUCCUGAUUCAAAAAACACUCCAGAAGUUCAGAAUGUUGCAAGGGUCCUAUACAUGCCAUGUGUUGACAACACCAACACAGAACUUGUCGAUAAAUGGAUGAAUGAAACUGGAGCCCAUUCUCUUACAUUCCCACUCAGUACUUGCCUGGAACUCAUCUUGCUGCUCUCCCUCAACAAUACAGCUUUGCCUCAUUCUUUGCGUUUCAUGAACAACUGGAAGGUAGCCUACUUGAAGAUAUGAGGACCUAAUCUCUAAGCCCUUGUGUUUCUUAUAAUUGGAUACUGCUCUUCUCCAGUAAACAACGAAUGCGAAUGAAUAUACAUGACCAAAAAGACAAAUGUCAGUUGUCACAUAAUGUGAGAUACAGAUGAAGGUCGGCUAUCCCCGUUAUAAGCAUAGGGUAGAGAAGUCUGUAUUUUGGCCAGAAUUCAGUGGAGAAUUUGGACAACCUUUAAAAAGAAAUGCCAUUCCCCUGGGAUCCCAUUAUCCAAAUCCCAACAUGUACCAGGUCCUACUAGGCUUACAUCCAGCAGUGUUGUAUCUCUUUAAGAUGAAUUUUUUUUAUCUAGUGGAAAAUAACUGUUUUAAUCAAAUCUUGGAAUAAUUUAUAUGUGUAGUUUUCGUCCCUCUUUACUUGUCAUAUUUGCCUAUCAAUGAUUGAUCUAUAUGACACACAAACAAGGCUCCUCGAAAGAAAGACUGAUUGCAUAAUACCUAUUAUUGAAUGUGACAAUUACUCGGGUAUAUUUUCUUCAAUUGUACAAGAUAAAGGUGGCUCUUCUAAUGUAGAACAGGUAUUUUGCUCAUUUUCACACAUUCGAUAUAAGCCUGAUUCCUGUUAAAGGGGUAGUCCUGUUUCAAAAGAAAACUGAACAAUACUUGUGAUCCACCUGCAGUGAAGAAUAGAUGAUUACUUACCCUCUGCUCCAGUUCUCCCAGCAGUUCUUCAACAACAUGUGACCCCCUCUGCCGAGGUUCAGCCAUCACUGAACUGACCAGGCAGGAGUCAGUAUUCCAGUCUAUAAGUGGUCAGGAAUCAACAGAUUACUCACAGAAUGGCCACCUAUAAAACAUACCCUUUAUUAUACUGCUAUUAAAAUGAAAGUCUCCUAUUGUUAAAAAUACUUUAAACACAACAGAACCCAUCAGGGAUUGGUUAAACUCACCCAACAAUCAUCCUAUGUAACAAAUAUCCCUAACAGUAAGGCCACCCUGAUAAGGGCGAUCCCAUAUCAGGAACCUCCUAUAGUUCCCUAGGCAGACCCUGACCGGAAAGGGGGCCACCCCCAAAAUAUUGCAGUGCGCAUGUACAACGUGUUUAAGAAACCUGGCACAAAUGUCACUCGUGUGCAUUUUAUGACUUGUGUGCCAUGAUUCAGUAUCACCCGUGCACUCAGGAAUUAUAGGAAGUUUCUGAUACGGGAUCAGCCUUUUCGGGGCGGCCUUUCAGUUUUUGAUAGGCAUGGCUAUUAGUUACAUAGGGUGACUGUACUGUGAAUUUAACCCACCUCUAGCCCUGUUUGGUUCUGUUGUGUUUAAAGUAUUUUUAACAAUAGGAGACUUUCAUUUUAAUAGCACUAUCAUAAAGGUUACGUUUUAUAGGUGGCCAUUCUGUGAGAAAUCUGAGGUCAGUAAUUGGCUGCAUCGGACACACUGGGGGACAUUUAUCAAUCACUUUACUCCAGAAUCUGUGCACCACUAUGGGCGACUUUUUGAGCUUCGUAUCGCCACAUUUACAUGGCUUCGUGCCGCCACAUUUACUAUAACUUUUGCCAGAAAGUGGCAGAAGUUAUAGCUGAAGUCUAUGCCAGCCUGUAGCUGGCGUAAACUUCAUUUUCUGGCGCACAGCAGGGCAUAGAUGUGCCUGAUUUGUUAAGAGGCUUCUGCGCAAGGAGAUCAAGACUGGCGGAUGGAUCUGCUAGUCCUGAUAUAUCUCCCCCAUUUUGUCGAUGUGACGUCACUGCCGCAGCUGGGUAAACAGCCCUCAUGGGAGAACCGGAAUGGCAGCGUGGAAGUUAUGAUCUAUUCUUUAUUGCAGGUGGAUCACAAGUGUUGUUUGGUUUCCUGAAACUGGACAACCCCUUUAAAUAUUAUCCCAUGAAACCCUUGGAGAUGGUGAAUUCAUAUUCAACACGAGAGCAAACAACACAAAAUUAGAAGAGUCACCCAACUUUCAUGGGUGCCAACCUAUUUUCAUAAGGUGUGAACUAGAGAGACACAGGAGAAGAGAAUUACCCCACAAGUUAUACUGACCUCUCCGAAAUAGGACAGUUAUUUUUCUCUCCUUAUUCUGUGACCAGUGGAUGAUGCUGUGCACUAACCUCAGCAAUGGGCCCAUAUUUUGUUAAGGCAACCCUUGUGACCCAUUCACGCAUUCUUCUUUAUAAACCAGGUCAGGAACUUCCUACCAUAUAAUUAUCUUUGGCUGUUAUGAAAUUUAUCUACAUAACAUCUGGGUGCGUGUAUUGGCACGAAACCUGUCAGGACAGUUGAUUUGUUCCUACCUCUAUCUUGUAACGUAAUGUCAUAUUUGGUUAAAACUAUGGUUGUACCUACAAAGGAAAGCACCAAAAGGGAGCUAGUCAUUCCACAUUCAGUAUAUGUGAUGCCUUGGAGGUCUAGUACCAAAGUAAUCUGUCAAAGACAGCCAAUCAGGGUGACUUUUAAAAAAAAAAUUUUUUACAAGUGAUCCCCAGUUUUUUUUUGUUUUUGUUUUUUGAGAUUAAUGCUCCCCUCUCUAGCCAUAUGUAUGUUCAGCAUGCGUGUGGAUGCAGCUCUGUAUGACUAAGGUCAAAUAAGUAUAUAUAUUUUUUCAGUUGUGUAAAUGGAAAUGUCUUCAAUAUUCAACCUCUUUUCAUUCUGUUUCUUCUCAAUAUCAUAUUUGUGUGCCUACAUUGUUUCCAAAAAUAAAG